GGUUGUGGUGCCGGGUUGUGGUGCCGGCUGCUUGCAGAGGACCUACCUCCGGGGCAGCUCCUGGGAGACGAGUGACCGGGCCCGGAGCGCAGCGCGGGUCCAACCCAGAUUUACUUCAGUCUCUUCUAGUCUCUAGAGCCAGAAGUGAGUGGGACCCGGAUGAAAACCUGCAUGACCAGAGGCAGGUCUAGUCUCUGAGGAAGAAAGACCCUACCAGGAAACACCCCCAAGCUAAGGGUGCAAUGGCAGUGUCAGCCCCCUUGAGGAGCCUGGAGGAAGAGGUGACCUGCUCCAUCUGCCUGGAUUACCUGCGGGAUCCGGUGACCAUUGACUGUGGCCACGUCUUCUGCCGCAGCUGCACAAAUGAUAUCCGCCCCAUAUCAGGGAACCGCCCAGUCUGCCCUCUCUGCAAGAAGCCCUUUAAGAAGGAGAACAUCCGGCCAGUGUGGCAGCUAGCAAGUCUGGUAGAGAACAUUGAACGGCUGAAGGUGGACAAUGGCAGGCAGCCAGGAGAGCCAGCCAGAGAGCCACAGGACGUGAAGUUGUGUGAGCGGCACCAGGAGAAGCUACAUUACUACUGUGAAGAUGAUGGCAAACUGUUGUGCGUGAUGUGCCGCGAGUCCCGGGAGCACCGCCCCCACACUGCAGUCCUGGUGGAGAAGGCCGCCUUGCCUCACAGAGAGAGAAUUCUGAACCACUUGAACACUCUAAGGAGAGACAGAGACAAAAUUCAGGGCUUUCAGGCCAAGGGAGAAGCUGAUAUUCUGGCUGCACUGACGAAGCUGCAGGAGCAGAAGCAGUACAUCGUGGCAGAAUUUAAACAGGGCCGCCAGUUUCUAAAGAAGAGGGAGCGGCACCUGCUAGACCAGCUGGCUACCCUGGAGCAACUGCUCACCGAGGGCAGGGAGAAGUUCAAGACCAGGGGUGUCAGUGAACUUGACAGACUGACUCUGGUCAUCUCCGAGCUGGAGGGCAAGGCACGACAGCCAGCUGCAGAGCUGAUGCAGGAUGCCUGCUCUACACAGGACACCAAGGACCUCGCCAACAAGUACCCACGAAAGAAGUUCUGGAUUGGAAAAGCUAUCCCCCACAUGGUUAAAAGAAAGGCAGGGGAAUUCUCAGAUAAACUUCUUUCUCUGCAGCGAGGACUGAGGCAGUUCCAGGGCCAGCUUCUGAGAGACUUGGAAUAUAAGACAGUAAGCGUCACCCUGGACCCACAGUCGGCCAGUGGAUACCUACAGCUUUCAGAGGACUGGAAGUGUGUGACCUAUACCGGCCAGUACCAGAGUGACAGCCUGCUCCCCCAGCAGUUUGGCUUUGAGCCAGGAGUGUUGGGCAGCAAGGGCUUCACAUGGGGAAAGGUAUAUUGGGAAGUAGAGUUGGAGAGAGAAGGCUGGUCGGAGGAUGAAGAAGAGGGGGAGGAGGAAGAAGAGGAAGAGGAGGAAGAAGAUGAGGAUGUUGACUAUGGGGACGGAUAUGAAGACUGGGAAACAGAUGAAGAAGAUGAAUCACUGGGGGAAGAGGAAGAGGAGGAAGAAGAAGAGGAGGAGGAAGUUCAGGAAAGCUGCAUGGUGGGAGUGGCCAAAGACUCCGUGAAGAGGAAAGGUGACGUCUCCCUGCGGCCAGAGGAUGGUGUGUGGGCCCUCCGGCUCUCCCCCUCGGGCAUCUGGGCCAACACAAGCCCAGAGGCCCAGCUCUUCCCGGUGCUGCGGCCCCGGAGAGUGGGCAUCGCCCUGGAUUAUGAAGGGGGCACUGUGACAUUCACCAAUGCAGAGUCCCAGGAACUCAUCUAUACCUUCACUACCACCUUCAGCCGGCGCCUGGUUCCCUUCCUGUGGCUCAAGUGGCCAGGAACACGCCUUCUGCUGAGACCCUGAACUCCAGAACUCACCUAGAUCACCCUACAGAAACUUUACUUCUCUGAGAUUCCAGAACUCUGAGAUGAAGAACGAUCGCCUGGAUCCCACACUCAUGGAAACUUACCUUCUCUGGGAUCCUAAAACUGGCCAGAGCAUUAGGAGGAGGAGAGAGGGGGACCUCACAUUCACCACCACCCAUCUCCUCACUGCCAUGGCCAAAGUCUCUCUCAGCACUGUCGCCCUAUCCGUAGAUCUUAUUCAGCAUUUCCUCUGAGGUUUCCUGCUCCGAAGACCAAAUGACCCCCUCUUUACUGAGCACCCGUUUGUCUUGACUCUGUGUUCUCUGUUGAGCAAGGCUAGGGCAGCGGCAUUUUCUGGUUCAGUUGUUAACCAGUGCCCGUAGGAAUGUUGAGUAACAUCUGAAGCCAUUUUGCUGGUCUCAAAUUUGAGGUUCCCCUUGCCCAAAACCACUCUGUUGCCUACCUUUCCCCCGUCUUAAAAUCACUUUCCAACCCCACCAGAGUUAAAUAUAUGAAAAUGCAAGAAUGGACAUAGUCAAGAUCCACCGAAGUCCCCGAGGCUGUGAAAGUUUGUGUCCUGGAGUGGCUACCAAAGCUUUCAGCCUCAAAACCCAGACCCGAGUAGAUAGGACUCCCUUUGGACAUCUGUGUCUCAGAAAGCAUCUAGGUACUAUGACUCAGAUAGUAACUGUGGCCAAUAAAUUACCUCUGCAGAGUAGUCCUUGUGAAGGGAGUUUUUAAAACAACCCCAACAUCUUACUCUUGACUGGGGAGUCAAGACCUCAUUGCUGACACGACGGAGUGUCCUGAUUCACUUUCCUAGGAGAUAGAUUGGGGAAGGGGAGAGCAUCUAGAGGAACUGAGGAAUCUAGAGACCCUCUGCCCUAGGUCUUACUGUGGAGAAAGGGCCUGCAGUAUCUCCUGCUGACCCAGCUGGUGCCCAUAGUUGAACAUGAGCCCCCAUGUAGCCAAAAUGAUGCUAGAUUUCUUCUGCCUGUGCAAGUGUUAGCUCCUCUUGGCUCUUGACAGACUGUUCCCAGACACUGGAUCUUGGUGGCCUCAGAGUCACCACGCCAUCUUGAGACUGAACACUUGGUGUGCAUCACAUGCUGCCUGAGUCACUAGUACAUACACGGUGGCUCUCUCACCACUCUUUGUUCCUAGAGUUGUUCAUUUUCUACCCCUUCUCCUUUACUCGGUUUCCUGUGUCUUUAUUACUAAAUAAACUACAUGUUCUUCUCA